AUGUCCCGAUCGUUGGAUCAACUNAGCUCUCGGUCCCCGUCGCCGGCCCUACAGCUGAAGCCCGACCCCGAGGACAGCGCUGCGGCCCCCAAACCCAACGCCAACAAUAACCCGUCGCCCGAUAAGAAGCGUCAGUAUAGAGGCCGCGACGGCGCCGUCGCCGGUGGUUCACCGGCCAAGAGUGGGUCCGACAGGGGCUCGAAGUCCAAGUCGCGAUCGAAGUCGGCGUCGAAAUCCCGUUCCGGUUCGCGCUCGAGAUCGGGUUCAAAGUCGAGGUCGCGAUCGCCGUCACCCAGAAGGAGGCGCUCGUCGACGCCUCCCAGGAAGCGGCGCUCAAGGAGUAGGAGUUUUAGGCGCCGCAGUCGUAGCCCACGGAGUCGAUCGCGAAGUCCGCGUCGGUUUGGGGGAUACAGAAGCCCUCCGAGACGUGGUUACGGCCGACCCUUUUCGCCGCGCCGGGGGUUCGGUGGCGGUCGCUAUGAGAGCCGAUACCGUUCGCCUCCGCGUCGCCGUCGCUCUCCGUUUUCUCCGCGCCGCAGAUCCCGUUCCCCGCGUAGACGCCGUUCCCCUCCAUCGUCGCCGAGAGGCCGUCGUUCGCACUCAUUGUCGCCCAUCCGUCAGACCAGACGCCGAUCACCGCCCCCACCGUCUAGACAUUCCCGACGCUCCGGAUCGCCGCCCGGACCCCAACAGCGCCGACAACAACGCUCGCCAUCGCCGCCACCAAUGGGCGGUCGACGCAGAGGUGGUUCGCCCGACGCUAAGGACAGACAGCGACCGCCGCCGCCGGACAAGAGGUCAGACUCGCCACCACCGCCUCCCGGAGCGGCUCUGAGAGCCAAUCAAAGAGCACAAAGAAGGUCGCCCUCACCAGUCGUUAGACGAGGCGCCCCUCCGAGAGACGUCUCGCCCCCCGCCGCGGCACCGCCUUUCAAGAGGUCGCCCAUACGUAACGCCCCCUCACCUAAGAUAUCACUGGCGAACGCCUCCUCAUCCGAUCGCAGGUCUAAUUCUAAGCUAAACCCGACGCCUAUUACCGAAAAUACCGUAAAUCCUAUGACUAAACAAAAGGUGUCCGAAAGGCACAGACUAUCGCCUCAUAGUAGUCGCCAAAGAGAUGCUAAACAGUCGGUUAGAAGCGAAGAGAAAGUAGUUGUUGUUCAGAGAGACCAUCAAAAGUACGCCAUUCAAUCGCCAGUGACUGCCGGCAGGGGUCGGCCGUCGAGUCCGAAACAGGCGGCGCCGGCGGUAGCCGUCGACCGGAAAGGCUCACCAAACGCAGGAAAACUGCCGACAAAACUGUACUCAAGCGAUGAGGACACCCGAGGGUCGAGGAGUCCGUCGCCGAAGCGGGGAAAGGCGUCCCGACAACGCCGGUCCCCAUCGCCCGGCGCACCCGCAAAGCGAAAGCGGGCCGACUCUCCGCCCGCCGUAGCGGUGGCUAAGAAGCCGGCGUCUGAUGAGGAGUCGGACUCCGAGAAGUCGACGUCGGAGUCGCCGACGCCGCCCAAGAAGUCGAAGUCUGACCACAAUUCGGACAAAAAGGCGAAGAAGAAGAAGCGCAAGAAGAAGGCAGUCGUGAGUGAGUCGGACAGCAGUGACGAGAGUUCGGGCGCCGGCAAGAAGAAGCGGAAGAGGAAGCAUAAGAAACACCACAAAAAGCAUAAGAAACACAAAAAACAUAAGAAAAGCUCGAAGAAGGCGGCGAAGAGCUCGGACGAGGAGUCGGGUUCCGGCGCUCCGACACCCGUUCCCACCAAACGCGUCGAUUUGAGUGAAUUGGAGAAAACGCUGAGAGAAAAGGCGCUGAAAUCGCGGCGCUCUAAAGGAAGCGAAUCACACGAUUGA